AUGCAGAGCACUCAAGCAAAGUAUAUUUCCCUUUUACCAAAUUCAAUUCGAAAAACCAGUGAUUUUUCUUCAAGAAAUCUUGCAUUGAACCAUUCAAAUUCAUUUUCCAGAAAUGGGGUUCUUCCCAAUUUGCAUUUGCGUUUGCAGAAACCGAUUGUAUCAGCUUGGAAAAAGAAAAAGCCAUCUGGGUCUGUUAGAUCAACGAAAAUCAUGCUAGAAUCAGCUUACUUCAUUGCGUCAAAGCUCAAGCUAUUGCCAGAGCCAUUGGAUUCUAUUAUAAGGGAAUUUGGAGGUGGAAAUGGUGGUGGUGGUGGGUUUAGGUUUGGAUUGGAAAUUGAUGUGUUUUUGGGUGGUUUAGGUUUAACCCUUUUUGGGUUUUCUGUUAAUGUGUGGAAAAGAGGGAUUUUGGAUUGGGCAUUAGGGUUUUGUUGUUGUGCUGCAUUGGUAGGUUUGUUGUUGAAACAAGAUUUGCAGAAAUUGGUUAGUUUUCUUGGUAACAUAAAGAUUGCUAGGAGGAAGAGGAAAAGAAGACUCUUUUAA